AUGAAGAGUUUUCUAGGCUGUAUAGCGAUCUUGGAGAAAAAUAAAACUUAUGUUGCAAUGCUCUUCAUUCAGUUUAUAUAUGCAGGAUUGGCUUUGUUGUCUAAGGCAGCAAUUUCCAAGGGAAUGAACCCUUAUGUGUUUGUUGUUUAUCGACAAGCUUUUGCAUCACUUGCCUUAUCUCCAUUUGCUUUCUUUGACAGUAAGCAUGCUGCUCCAUUGUCAUGCAACUUAUUGUGCAAAUUGUUUCUAGUUUCCCUAGUUGGGUUAACAGCAAGUUCAAACCUUUACUAUGUUGCAAUCAACUAUACCUCUGCAACAUUUGCUGCAGCCUCCACAAAUACAGUCCCUGCUAUUACUUUUAUCAUGGCUGUUUUAAUUAGGGUGGAAAGCAUUUCCAUAAAAAAUCUGCAUGGGGUUGCCAAGAUUUUGGGUUCUGUUCUAAGCCUUUCUGGGGCAAUAACAUUUGCUUUAGUCAAAGGACCUCCUUUAGAUUUCAUAAGGUGGAAUCCAGAAGACCAAAAGCAUGUUUCUCACCCAUUAACAACAGUUCACUCCAAAGGGAAUAGUAUUAGAGGCUCUCUUAUGAUGCUCUCAGCAAACACUACUUGGUCCUUAUGGCUUAUUUUGCAGGGAUUUAUUGUAAAGCAAUACCCAGCAAAAUUUCGUCUCACUGCUCUACAAUGCUUCUUUAGCUUCAUACAGUCAGCUAUUUUGGCUGUUGCAAUGGAGAGCAAUCCUUCAGCAUGGAGGCUUGGAUGGGAUAUUCAUCUUCUUUCAGUGGCAUACUGUGGUGUAAUUGUAACAGGCAUUUGUUAUUGGCUGCAAGUCUGCACUAUUGAGACGAAAGGCCCAGUUUUCACAGCAAUGUUCACCCCUCUAGCUCUUAUAAUCACAGCAAUAUUCUCAGCCCUAUUGUGGAAAGAAUCUAUUUACUUGGGAAGUAUUGGUGGCACUGUUUUGUUGGUGGUUGGACUCUACAGCGUCUUGUGGGGAAAGAACAAGGAAAGUGUAAAUAGGGAAAACUAUGAAGCUGAACAUGCAAAAGAGGAAACCAGAUUGGAGUGCAUUAUACAGCACUGACUGAUUAGACAAAACGAAGCAAAAG